CAUUGAAAUUAUUAAAAAAAAAAAGAAACCACAGAAAGUCUUCUUUUUCAAAAAAAAUGGAAAUUUCGAAUUUAUUAGCACUCACCACCUCCUCCUGUGCUUGUCUUAAUCCAUUUUUAAAAGGGAUUUGUCUCAUCUUUGAUCCUAGGGUUUCUGAGAUUUCUCGGGUUUCAGAAAUCUCGACCGCCUUACGUGGUGAAGGUUUUCUUAAUUUCUUCCGGUUUUUUCCAGCAUUCCAAGAUUCUUGUUGGAGACAAUGACGGUUCUCUGAAACUGCUUAUUAGUUUAUUAGCUAAUCAUCUGUACUUUUGGGGCUUUUCUUAAGCUUUAAGGUACUUCGGAAAUGUGGUUUGGAGCUUUUCCAGUUGUUUAGAAAGUUUGAGAGAUGGUGCUUUAUGAGUAAUGAAGGCCUGCAGAUCUUAUAAGACUUGAAGCGUGCACUUGAAUGCUGUUUUAAGGUGCACGAGGCGCGACUUCAUUCAAAGCUUUGCAGUGUUUCAGAAAUCCUGAAGUUGGCGGGAAAUGUACGUGGAGCUUUCUGUUGGUCGAGACAGAAACGGGGCUACAGCUGUCGCUUUUCAAUGGGAAUCUCGUGCUAAGUGUUUUGAGCUUGCUUAGAUUUCAUACAUUGUGCCGAGGGGAGUUGCAGGAGAUUUCUAAAGAAGGAAGCCGGAUCCAGAGGAAAAAGUAUUCUCAUUAUUCUUCGAACGAGGAAGUUCUGUUUCUGUAAAGGGAACUUUUUUCUGCUGUGAAUCUAGAGUUGAAGUACUGUUCUAGAUCCAAGUUGUGCUUCAGGAGGAAGAAACCGAUCUUUGAAACGCUUUGAGCAAAAAAGAAUCUGGGUUGAUUAGUUUUUGAAGUGGAAAAGUUUGUUUGCAAAGAUCAGAAAGUCAGAUGGAUUUCUUUAAGGUGAAAAAGUUCAGGAAAGCUCAUAAGCCUGAUCCGGAGAAAGAUCAGGAGGAUAAGCCGGUGACCCCACCAGAGGAAAUGAAGACUGAGAAUGGAGAUGACUUGACUAAAUCGUCGAAGGUUGAUCCUGCAGCCGAAGCUGAGGAUGAUGAUGACGAUGAUUUUAUAACUAAGGAGGUGAAGAGGCGGCUGAAAGAGCUGAGAAGGAACAGUUUCAUGGUGUUGAUACCUGAGGAGUCAUGCGCUGAAGAAGAGGAAGAGGAGGAGGAAACAAGCUCAAGUGAGUGGAAGGAACCGGAAGUGGAAAAUGGUCGCCCAUGGUGUCGGUUUGAUACGGUUUAUGACAAGUACUGUGAGAGGAUGCUGUUCUUUGAUCGAAUGAGUGCUCAGCAACUGCAUGAAGCAGGAUCCCAACUUCCAAGUACUCCAUCACCAAGAUCUACACCUAGGAAGCUGACAUCUGCCCUUCGCAAUCUUUCUUUCAAAAAGCGGGAAGAACCACAAGAUGAUAGUGAUCACCUACAGCAGAAGCAGGAGAAUCCACUCCAAGAUCUUGAAACAGCAUAUGUGGCACAAAUAUGUUUAACUUGGGAGGCCCUUCACUGCCAAUACACCCAGUUGAGCCAGAAAGUCUCAUCCCAACCUGAAAGCUCCACCAGCUACACCCAUGCUGCUCAGCAGUUUCAGCAAUUUCAGGUUUUGUUACAAAGAUACAUUGAGAAUGAGCCCUUUGACCAGGGGAACAGGGUCGAAAUAUAUAUUCGAACAAGAAAUUCCUUGCCUAAGCUGCUUCAGGUUCCAAGUAUUCAAGUUCUGGACCAGAAAGAAUUUGAAGAAGAAUCAGAUUUGCCCGUCCUUGCCUCUGACCUAAUUAGGAUAAUUGAGGACUCAAUCCUGACCUUCCGCCUUUUCCUGAAGAUGGACAAGAAGAAAUCAAGUGCUCUUAGUCUAUUUGGAGGCCAAAACCAGAUAGAAAGCCCACUACAUCAGAUUAAAUCUUCUCUUGAAAAGAAAGAGACUAAACUGAAGGACAUUCGUAAAAAGAAGGGGUUGAAAAAGAAAUCUUGGCCUGCAACAUUUGAGGAAAUUGAACUAUUUUUCAGCCUCAUCGAUGUUAAAGUCAUAUCGAGGGUUCUUAGAAUGGUAAGGAUAAGCAAAGAGCAGUUAUUUUGGUGUGAAGAAAAGAUGAACAAGCUUGAUUUAUCAGGGGGUAAGUUGCAGAGAGAUGGGUCUUCGCUGCUGUUUCCAUGUUAAUGAUCAUGGUCUACCAUCUUGCAACAAAAAGUUUGAGUUCCUGCUCUCAAAAUCAUAUAUUUACUAUAUGUUUGAUCUAUACAUAUAGAUAAAUAUGUUACAUAUUGGUUCAUGUAUUUACUUGUGAGUCUGUAGAUACCAGUAAACCAGACAUACCAUGGCAAUAUGGGAUCUCUAUGGGAUGCUCUCUUUAUUUUGUAUCUCUCGGCCAAAUUCUUGGGCCAAACCCUUGUUCCCAUUUGUCCCCAAUAAUGAUGAUUACAAUUUAUAUUUUAGAAAAAAAAAUGUGGUAAUCUUUGUAGAA